AUGAAAAAAUUAAUAUUUGAUUUAAAUAAUCUUGAAACAUAAAGUAAAAAUUAAGAAUCAAAGCUCAGUAAGUUAUUUCUUGAAUUUGAUGAAAUUUUCAACAAAAAAUAUGAUAUUCUUCAUCCAUAAAACCCAAAAUCAAAUUUACUUUUAAAAAUUAGACCAGAACUUUUUGCAUUAAUCUUAGAGUUUUUGGAUUUAAAGACCUGCUUUAGAUUUCGAUUAGUGAGUGGACGUGCAAAUAUAUGUGCUAUUAUAACGUUACAUUAAAAAAUAAAACAGUUGCAUGAAUAAUCGGAAAAUUUAGAAUAUGAAUUAAAUGAAUAACAAUAAAAGUAUUCACAAGAUAUCAUUAACCAGGACUUAUUGACAACACAAGAAAAUGUCCAAAAUGGUUUAAUGUAACUAAGCAAAGUAGGAAUUGAUGAAAUACGAAUGUAUUAAAGACCACCUUAGAUUAUAUCAAAAGUAAUUUCAUUAGUUUGUAUCCUUUUGGAUUCAAAUAUAAAAAUAUAUUAAGAAAAUUGGUCAGAUUGUUAAAAGAUUCUUAAAGAUCCUAUGACCUUAUUGAAUAAACUUUUACAAUUAUAAAUAGAUAAUAUUUCAGAUUAAUAAUUAAAAUUGCUUUAAGCCAUCCAUAAUGUUGAAGCUCAAUAAGUUUAAAAUAUCUCAAGUAGCUGCUAUGGUUUUUAUCUAUAUUUAUAAUCAAUUGUUGAAAUAAGAGAAUCUAAAUAUUACAUUAUAAAGAAUUAAAAAUUAAAUUUAGAGAAGUAAAUAAAAUCAAAUAAAAAUCUAAUCAAAAAAUUAUAAUAAAUUACUAAAUGA